GCUGCCCUGUCGCCAUUGAACAAAGCUAAUACUCUUUAGAGCAUAUGGUAAAGUCUUUGCUAGCGACUUUUAAAAAGAGAGAGAAAGAAAGAAAGAACGAAACAACUUAACCGUUCCUCAAAGCUCUUCACCUUACCGCACCUCCAUCCCCCAACCCCGGGUUUCUACAAACUGCCUCCUCCCUGAAAAGUGCCGAUCAGGACACAGUUGGCACGGGGGUGGGUGGGGGAAUCUGCUCCUGGGAGAUGCCGCUGCUGUUGCCCAGCUGAUUGCAAAGCCAGAGCCCCAGGGAGCAAGAAACUCCUCUGUCCAGAGGUGUGCACAACGAAGGGGAACACAGCCUUCUCUCCUGAGCUUUUCUAUACUCCUGAUGUAAAGGAUGAGUGAUGCUUAACUACAACUCCCCAUUGGACUUAAGGCUGCUUGUUGGUUCCAUUACCUCCUGAUUGCCCUGGACAGGAGCUUCGGUGGAAGCAGCCAGUCUGAGCUAUUGACCCUGUGGAAAAAGUUGACAGCUUACUCUCUGUAUUGAUUCCCAACAAAUUCAAGUACGGCUCUCUACCACUGUCUUACGGUUCUGCCACUGAACAAACGAGCAUGAAUACUCCAGACAACGGAGUCAAUAGUCUUUGUGCCAUAUGUGGAGAUCGAGCAACUGGAAAACACUAUGGUGCCUCAAGUUGUGAUGGGUGCAAAGGUUUCUUCAGACGGAGCAUUCGGAAGAGUCACGUUUAUUCCUGCAGGUUCAGCAGACAGUGUGUUGUUGACAAAGACAAGAGGAAUCAGUGUAGAUAUUGUCGUUUAAAAAAGUGUUUUCGAGCAGGAAUGAAGAGAGAAGCUGUGCAAAAUGAACGAGAUAGGAUAAGCACAAGGAGAAACAACUUUGAAGGCAGCAACAUUCCCUCUAUUAAUACCUUGGCACAAGCCGAAGCUCUUUCUCGUCAGAUUCCAGUUUCAAGCCCCAAUGCAAAUACUGACAUAAAUGUUAAGAAAAUUGCAAGUAUUGGUGAUGUCUGUGAAUCUAUGAAGCAGCAGCUAUUAGUCCUGGUGGAGUGGGCUAAAUAUAUCCCAGCCUUCUGUGAGUUACCAUUGGAUGAUCAGGUUGCACUUUUGAGAGCACAUGCAGGAGAGCAUCUAUUGCUGGGUGCCACAAAGAGAUCCAUGAUGUAUAAAGACAUCUUACUUUUGGGUAACAACUACAUCAUUCAUCGUAACAGCUGUGAAGUGGAGAUCAGUCGUGUAGCCAAUCGUAUUCUAGAUGAGCUAGUCCGCCCAUUUCAGGAAAUCCAGAUAGAUGAUAAUGAAUAUGCUUGUCUGAAGGCAAUUGUAUUUUUUGAUCCAGAUGCAAAAGGAUUAAGUGAUCCAGUAAAAAUAAAGAACAUGCGAUUCCAAGUGCAGAUCAGUUUAGAGGACUACAUCAAUGACAGGCAAUAUGAUUCCAGGGGAAGGUUUGGCGAGUUGCUUUUGCUUCUGCCCACAUUGCAAAGCAUCACUUGGCAAAUGAUUGAGCAAAUACAAUUUGUCAAAUUGUUCGGGAUGGUUAAAAUUGACAAUUUACUUCAGGAAAUGUUACUCGGAGGUACUUCCAAUGACACUAACCAUCUUCAUCAUCCUGUGCAUCCUCACUUAUCCCAGGAUCCAUUAACUGGGCAAACUAUACUUAUAAGCUCUAUGUCUAACCCUGUGCAUACAGAACAGAUCUCAACUCCUGAAACCCCACUACCUUCCCCACCACAAGGCUCUGGACAAGACCAGUACAAAAUGCCCACCAAUCAGGCUUCGGUCAUUUCACAUCAGUCUAUGCCCAAACAAAAGCAAUUGUGAUAAUAUUUGUUGCAUUAUAAUUUUUAAUAUGCACUGCUUUAAUGUGAAUAAUAGGUGAUACCUUGGCCAAGGGAUUAUGGUGCUGUUUUAUGAGGGUUUUUCAUUAUCUUUUUUUUAAUCUUUGAAAGCUUUAAGACACAGAGUAAUAAUACAAUUCUCAGUUUGGAUGUAAUGCUUUAACUUGUUCUUAGUUGUGUAUAUUCUCUCACUGCCUUUGCACAGUUUGGGGACCAGUUAAAUCUCAUAUUCCAUUUACUUUCUUAAUAUACUUUUAAAUCUGUAAAUAAUUUCUUCAUUGAGACAUGAUGCAGAACUAAGUGUACUUUUUUUGCUGUGAAUGGUCGACUAGAAGGUCUCAGUUAAAACAUGAACCAAGACUUGAUAAAUUAUAAACUUGUACAUUAGUAAAUAAAGCAGCUAUUGUAUAAUGGAACCAAUUUCAUUUAAAAAAUAUGACUUGUAGGCAUUAUGUGACCUUGAAGCAUAUCUUUGACCCCAAAGUUCCAUGUAUUUGAUCAGAAAUUGUCUUUUACUAUGUUUAACUUGUUUGGAGAAUUUAAGAAGGCUAAUUCACUCACGUAAAAGAGUUCAAUGAAGCACUGGAACAUGAAAUACUUGAGCUACUCUGUGUGUGUGUGUGUGUGUGUGUGUGUGUGUGUGUGUGUGUGUGUGUGUGGUGUAUGUUCACGUGUGUGAGAGAGAGGAAGAGAGAGAGAGACCUCAUGAAUGUACAUGGGUUCACACAUAAAUAAAUGAGCCAUAGCAUUAUUUGUAUUUUUUUAACAUA